AUGGCUGAGCCGGGCUCUCCCUCGCCUGCUGAGGAACCCCUGGUCUGCCAGGACCCCGAGAAGGCGUCCUCACCCAACGGGAAAGAGGAGAAACCCAGGCCCCGCCACCGCCACCGCCGCCGCCGCCGCCGCAGCCGCUUGGGCACCAGCCAGCAGCCAACCUUCGCCAUCUAUUUCCCGAAGGUUCUGAAGGAAGUUCACGCAGGCCUCAGCCUGUCCAAGGAGGCCAAGGCCGUCCUGGACUGCUUCGUGAGAGAUCUGUUUGAGCGCAUUGCUGAUGAGGCCGCCAGCCUGGUCCGCAACAAGAAGGGCUCCACCCUGACCUAUAGAGACAUUCAAAGUGGGAUGCGCCUCGUGCUGCCCACUCAGCUCUACACCUACGCCGACAGCCAGGCCAACAAGGCCCUCAUUAAGUUCAUCUCCAGCAAGUGA